AUGUCCCAGUCAACGCCACGGCCCCAAUCCCAACAGCGGCCGGAACCGCGCUGGAUCCUCCUCGCCAUCGCGUCAGGCGCAUUCGCCGCCUUGAAUGGCCUCUUUGCGAAACUCACAACAGAUGAACAAACGACCACCUUUGCGAAUGCAAUGUUGUCUCUCUUCGGCGCUCCCGGCGACGCUGAAGGCCAUCCCGUUUUCAUGUUUGUUGUGAGGGGGAUAUGUCUCGGCCUAAAUGUCCUCUGCAACGUGAUUAUGUGGGCAUUUUUCACGCGUGCAUUGACAGCCGCGCCGUCCACGACAAAGGUGUCUAUCACCAACACGUCGGCAAAUUUCCUCAUAACGGCCUUGCUCGGUAUGAUUGUCUUUCGGGAGAAGGUUGGUGGACUAUGGUGGUUGGGGGCCGCGAUGAUGGGGGGAGGGUGUAUUCUUGUCGGCAUGAGGGAGGAGUCUUGA